GGCUCCGGCGCCCCCUUGGACAGCUCCGGCGCCCUCCCAGACUGGCCCAUGGGCCUACUGGACGGCUCCGGCGCCCCCUUGGACAGCUCUGGCAUCCUCCUGGGCGCAGGGCCUGCCACGCUGCUCCCCAGCCUGGACGUCUCACUCUGCUCGUCCGUCUCAGGGCUCCUGGGGGACUUGGAGCCGGCGGGCAGCCUGGUCCCGGCGCUGUGGGGCGCAGAGUGCGGGGCGCGGGCACUGCUGGCCCCUCUGCCGGACGAGGGGCUGGAGGGCGUCUUCGAGGACAUCGACACCUCCAUGUAUGACGGCGAGCUGUGGGCACCCGCCGGCCUCAAGGCCUUGGCGCCGGCGCCAGGCGAGGACGAGGCGGCGCCGGGCCCCGAGGACGGGGGUCUGGACAUCAAUGACCUGGACUUGCUCAUGGAUGUGCUGGUGGGCCCACGGGGGCUCUGAGCCCGCUCCCGGGCCUGGCAGGACGGGGGGAGUCAGGGGUGGUGUGCCCCCCCUCCAAGCUGCAGAGCCGCAGGCAAUGAAAUGGUUAAUGUCUGAGUCAGCUCCUGCCUCUUGUACCUGGUGCUGGGGCAAAGUUGGGGGGGCUGGGAGCCCAGAUGCCUGGGUCUUGCCCCAGGUCUUGGGUGGGGGGAGACCACAGGGAAACUGAGGCAGGAAGCGAGUCAGGGGCACAUGCCCCCUUGUGGCCGAGUUGGGGGCAGCACCCAGCUCCUGACCCUGAGCCAGGUGCCCCGACCCCUAGGCCUCACUGCCUGCCUGGCCUGUGCCUGGCGUCCCCCUCCCGAGAGCUGUCCCAGAGGCUUUGGGUGCAUCUCGAAGCUCCGAACCCCCCAAAAUGUUCUGGGCACCCCCGAAAGCCAGCGCCAAGUGGGGGGGUCUUGGUUCUU